CUCAUUAACUGUCAAAUGAUGUUUUUGUUUCACAAUCAGAUAGGACUAGACCUAAUAAUCAAGACAUCGAUGUGACUUGAAAGAAACAUCGCGAAAUUAAUGGUAAUUGUGAUAGAAACGAAAGCGGAAGUAAUAAAAAGUGGAAAUCCCGAUGAUCACCCUACUCAUCGAAGGUGGAGACAGCGCAAUGGAACCAGUCUUUACUUGAGAAUUGCAAAAGUUUGAGAAGGGUGAAGUCAAAGGUCAAGUUCAUAUAACACCAGACGAGCCUACUGUUGAAAUAGAAAAUAAAUACUACACUGUUGAGGUAGGACAACAAGCAGAAUUGAGGUGUUCAGUGUUGGGUGCAUUUCCGUUCAUCAAAUCUGUUACCUGGGAACAUACAUCACCUGGCGGACAACCCAUACAGCUUGAUUUAGAUCUGCCUGAGUAUACAAGAUCUAAACCAGAUCACCUUAUAAUCAACAAAACAGUAAAAUCUGACGAAGGGGCAAUAUGUGUGAACUGUCUCCAGUUGGUACGGGAAACGAUGGAGUACAACAACUAAACUGACUCUGGUAGAAGCCAAACAGGAAACCAUGGCAACGGACGUCAGUGAUGUCACUGCAAGGCAGGAAACCAUGGCAACGGACAUCAGUGAUGUCACUGCAAGGCAGGAAACCAUGGCAACGGACAUCAGUGAUGUCACUUCAAGGCAGGAACCCAUGGCAACGGACGUCAGUGAUGUAACUUCAAGGCAGGAACCCAUGGCAACGGACGUCAGUGAUGUCACUUCAAGGCAGGAACCCAUGGCAAUGGACGUCAGUGAUGUCACUUCAAGGCAGGAACCCAUGGCAGGCCAGAGGCAAGAAACCAUGACAGCUAGUCAAGAGUCCAUGGCAAAUGAUUUACAAAUCAUACCAGUGGUUAAUACUGGUGAGAUUAGCCAUGUGUUGAGGAAUUCCACCAGUGUUCAUGUGACCAUUAAACCAAAAAAUCUGGUUCUUGGCGAAGGAGGCAGAAUUAUCAAUAAUGGAGCUAAACAGGAAACCAUGGCAGCCGUGCAGGACACCAUGGAAGCCGUGCAAGACACCAUGGAAGCCGUGCAGGAAAACAUGGAAACCAUCCAAUAUAUGGCAGGUAGACAGGAAACCUUCAGCACAAUGCAAGAAUCAAUGACAACAGACAUUAGUAAUGUUACCACCAGGCAGGAAUCCAUGGCAACAGACAUCAGUAAUGUUACCACAAGGCAGGAAUCCAUGGCAACAGACAUCAGUAAUGUUACCACCAGGCAGGAAUCCAUGGCAACAGACAUCAGUAAUGUUACCACAAGGCAGGAAUCUAUGGCAACAGACAUCAGUAAUGUUACCACCAGGCAGGAAUCCAUGGCAACAGACAUCAGUAAUGUUACCACAAGGCAGGAAUCCAUGUCAGAUAGACAGAAAAAGAUGACAAAUGAUUUACAUAGCUUACAAGGCACUGUUGAUGCUGUGAGUGAUGACGUUGAUGCUGUGAAGAAAGAUGUCAGUGACAUAAAACAAACUUCAGCCAAAAAUGGAGGAAGGGAUCCUAAGUUGACGGCUAUGAUAGAUACAACAAAGUCUACAAUACAGACAGAAAAAAAAAGCUACAAGUUUAUUUCUACCAAAAGUCUCCAAGAUUCCCAUCAGAAACUUCUGGAGAACAAGAUCGUUAUAAUCCAGGGAAACUCGGGGGACGGGAAAUCAUCUGCUGCACUUGAACUUCUCCGUUUGCUGUGCGGUAAUGAAGAGGAGGGGCAACAGAAACGAUGUCGACAACCACUACAACUACACGACAUAAAAGAUUUAGAUUUGGUGGCACCAAAGUCACAAUUAGUUAUUUAUUUUGAUGAUAUAUGUGGAAAGAAUGUUGUUUGUCAGGAAGAUGUGAAAGAAUGGGAGAAACGAGAAAAAGAAAUUCUUGCAAAACUUUGUGGAAAUGAAUCUGAGGCCAAUUAUCUGGUCAUUACAAUUCGCAGUGGAAUUUUUAAUUCUAUAAAUGGCCUGGGAAAAUCAUUUACCAAAAACAUUGUCGACCUUAGCCAGUACAAAGAAGAAAAAGAAAAACUUGCAUUGUUAAGGUUGUAUGAACCAAAAACUGAAUUUGUUAAAUGGACAGAUGAUGAGGAGAAACAGAUUGUGGCCUCGGCCCCAGACAUUGGGUUUCCACAGUGUUGUAGAUUAUUUAGGGACACACCUAGUUUACAAACAGAGAGAGUCAAAUUCUUUGAAAGACCUUUGCAUUAUUUUAAAUCCUCUUUAUCUAAAUUAGAAGACGGGAAAUUUUAUGGUCUGCUGUAUCUGUUCCUCAAUGGCGGCUCAGUUGUAGAACAUGAUUUAGACCCUUCCAUUGAAAAUAUUGAGGAAAAUGAGAAAAUGAAAGCAGCAUUUGCUUUUGAUGUAGUAAAAGUUAACCUAACACCUGAGCUUAUUCACAAAAAAGAGAAAAAGAAAGCUGAAUUUGUAAAGGAAGUCAUUAAAAUGCCUUUUAGGUUGGCUGGUGAAAAAAGAUUCUAUAAAAAAAAAAAUAAUUGGAAAAUAUUAUCCUUGUUUCAAAUUCAACCACGACUCCAUUGAGGAAACAGUGGCACUUUUGUAUGGAGAGGAAACUCCCAUUGGCUACAUACAGAAUUGUCCCAAAAAGUUCCUCAGUUAUGUAACUACAACAAAAAACACCCCAAACAGGAUAGUUAUAUCAUCUGAUGAUCAAACCAAUGCCAUGUAUAAACGUACAGUAAAAGAGUUUCAAUCUGUUGAUCCUAAAAGUGACUGGUAUUUGAGUGAGUGUGAAUAUUUAGCUACAUUAGACGUAUGGAAAGACACCCUGUUUCUACAGAGAUUUAUUAGUUGGCUAAGUGGUCAGAAUGAUGACAAUAACUUAUGCCACCUGAUAAAAGGUGCCUUGUUAAAUGGAGCUUGCUCUAUUGGUUUAGAAGAUCAUUUCUCGUAUCUCCUUUCUGUGGGUGCCACACCCGACAAUGAUACACCGUUUUGUGUAGUGAAGGGUGGGAGUGUACGACUACUGACAGCAAAUACUAAAGUAUGACGUCAUUCCUACAGCGAGGGCACGCUGGUCACAAUCAUCACAUUAUGCUGAGAAUAUCAAUGUCCUACACGAAGCGUGUUUGUUUGAGAGAGAAGAGAUGGUGACCAUGUUGUGUGACACUUACCCAGACUUGGUACAUGAGACUGUUAACCGGAG